AUGAUCGCGCAUCUGCGAUUGCCCUUCUCGCUAGCUAGUGAUCAUGUUAUUGCAUCAGGUGCCGCCGGCCAUGUGCUUGCCAUCAGCCAGCGUAUCGUGCUAAAGUGCCCAACAACAUUUGACAACCCCGCUCCUUCGCAGGAGGUUGACAUGAAGGAAAAUAUUGAGAAAAUGAAGAAUGAGGAACGAAUCUACUCUUUAUUGCGAGAGAAACCCCACCCCCAUAUUCUCAUAAGUCCUCUUUAUAUUCCCCAGGGUAUCUUUCUCCAUAGACAAGCUAUGACACUCAACGAUCGACUUGAAGAGUGUUCUAGCAAGCCAUUACCGGAACAGAUACAGGAGCGGUGGAUCAGACAACUCUCGAGCGCUUUGACUUGGCUAGAAAACCUUGGACUGAUUCAUGGGGACCUUCGCCCUACAAACAUCUUUCUUGCUGCCCGCGGUGACGAGGGCGAUAUCCAACUGGGGGAUUUUGACUGCGCGGUUGAGAAGGGAUCCCAGCUACUUGCCUCAAGCGAACCGUUUUGCAAAGUACUCAAGAACUACGAAUUGCCAGAAGGGAGUGCCAUCACCGAACAAUUCUCUCUUGGUUCCUGCAUUUACACGAUUCGAUUUCAGAGAAUUCCUUGGCAUGAUCUCGACCCACCAACACGAGUUCAGAAGAUCAUGAACGGUGAACUCCCAGAGUCGUCUUCAGACGCUCUCUUUGGGGGAUUGAUGUCCAGGUGCUGGAUCGGUGACUUUGAAUCCGUAUACUCAGUUGACCAGGAGAUCAUACGGCUGCUACAAAAUAAGAGGGGACUUCAAGCGGUUGAAACAAUGCUAAGCUCAAUGAACCCUGACUUGAUCUCAACAUUGGAGCAAGAAUGUAUCGAGUUUCUGAAGAAGAAGAACAGGGCGAUCUAA